UCUUUCGUUUGAGAAAUUUCUCGUCUUUUGACUAGGCGCACCCUGGAUCCGCCUCACACCUCCCACCCUUCGGCGCCGCCGCCGCCGUUGCCGCCGCAGCCGCCGCCCACUUCCAUCAACCCACCACGGCAAUGCCCACCACGCCAUAGCCCGCCGCGCAAUGCCCCUGCCCAUUCCGAUCCCCCGCAUCCUCGCGGCCAUUUCCGCUGCCGCCGCCUCGCCGGCGGACCUCCGCCGCCUCUCCCACCUCCUCCUGCCCCCCUGCACCCCACUCCCCCCGCUCCGCUGCCUCAACGCCUUCCUCAUGGCCCUCGCCCGCCACCGCAUGCUCGCGGACAUGGAGUCCUUCGCGUCCCGCAUGCCUGCGCGCAACCUCCGCACGUACACCACCCUCAUAAACGCCUACUGCCUCGCCGGCGACCUCCCCGCCUCCAAGCGGCAUCUUUCCUCCCUCCUCCGUGCGGGCUUCGCGCCGGACUCCCACGCUUACACCUCCUUCGUCGUCGGGUAUUGCCGCGCGGGGCUGCUCGCGCAUGCCUGCCGGCUGUUUGUGCUAAUGCCGCUCCGGGGAUGCGUGCGCACCGCGUUCACCUACACGGCGCUGCUCCAUGGGCUGUGUGGCGCUGGGAUGGUGCGCGAGGCUAUGUCAGUGUUUGCUGGGAUGCAGGCGGAUGGGUGCGCCCCUGAUCCGCACGUGUACGCCACGAUGGUGCAUGGGCUGUGUGGGGCGGGGCGAACUCGUGAGGCAGAGACUCUUCUUUCAGAUGCAAUGGCGGAGGGAUUUGAGCCGAAUGUGGUAGUCUACAAUGCGCUGAUUGAUGGAUAUUGCAAUGUUGGGGACUUGGAGCUCGCCGUUGAUGUUUUUGAGCGGAUGGAUGUUAACGGGUGCUCACCAAAUGUGCGGACGUACACUGAGCUCAUAUCUGGGUUCUGCAAAUCACGGAAGUUGGAUAGAGCCAUGAUGCUGUUCAGCCGGAUGGUUGACGCUGGUUUGGUGCCAAAUGUAGUAACAUACACGGCCUUAAUUCAGGGACAGUGCAGUGACGGGCAGUUGGAUUGUGCUUAUAGGCUGCUCCAAUCGAUGGAGAAUAGUGGGCUGGUUCCUAAUGAGUGGACUUGCUCGGUGUUGAUUGAUGCUCUGUGCAAACAUGAAAGAGUAGGGGAAGCUCAGUUGCUUCUUGGUUCUCUUAUCCAGAAGGGAAUUAAGGUGAAUGAGAUUGUCUACACAAGCUUGAUAGAUGGAUUAUGCAAGGCAGGAAGGUUUGCUGCUGCUGACAGGUUGAUGCAGACAUUGGUUUCACAGGGGUUUGUGCCAGAUGCCCACACAUACAGUUCACUGAUUGAUGGAUUAUGCAGACAGAAGGAGUUAUCAGAAGCGAUGUUGGUAUUGGAUGAUAUGAUGGAGAAAGGAGUACAGCCCAGUCCUGUCACAUAUACCAUUAUAAUUGAUGAACUUGUUAGGGAGGUGGGAGCUGAUGGUUCAAAGAAGAUACUUGAUAAGAUGAUUGCAGCAGGCAUUAAGCCUGAUGUUUUCACCUACACAAUAUUUGUUCGCUCCUAUUGUCACGAGGGGAGGAUGGAAGAUGCUGAACACAUGAUGCUUCAUAUGGUCGAUCAUGGCGUUUGCCCAAAUUUAGUGACGUACAACGCUUUGAUUUGUGGGUAUGCAAAUUUAGGACUAACCAGUCAAGCAUUUUCAACUUUCAAGCACAUGGUUGCUAAUGGAUGCAAGCCAAAUGAGGAGUCCUACACAGUUCUGCUUAGACUAUUGAUAAAGAAGGAAUCCUCUAACAACAUCCCUGCCAACUCUGUGAGUAUAUGGAAAAUAGCAGAAAUGAAAUAUCUGCACGGGCUUUUGGAGGAGAUGGUUAAGCUUCAGUUGCCUUCAGAGAUCGAUAUUUACAACUGUUUUCUCACAUCUUUAUGCCGAGUUGACAGAUUGGACGAAGCCAAAAUUUUGCUCAUUGAGAUGCAAAGUGCUAACUUGACCCCCAGCGAGGAUGUAUAUACUUCAAUUAUAGCGUGUUGUUGCAGAUUAAAAAUGCUAACAGAAGCGUUGACAUUUGUUGAUUCAAUGGUCAAAAGUGGUUACAUACCACAAUUAGAAUCUUAUAGGCAUAUUAUUUCUUCUCUUUGUGAGGAAGGAAGUAUUCAGACUGCUAAACAAGUAUUUGGUGACAUGUUGUCAAAGGAAUACAACUACGAGGAAAUUGCCUGGAGGAUUCUGAUUGAUGGUUUGUUACAGAAGGGCUAUGUUGCUGAGUGCUCAAGUCUGCUCUCAGUGAUGGAGGAAAAAAAUUAUCGCCCAAGUGACGCAUUGUAUGCUAGGCUUACAGGUAAAAUAACAGAUGCAAAUGAUAUUCAGGAAAUUGCUAGAUAAAUUUAGACAAACCAACCAACUGCCGUGUGUUGAUGGUUAUUGAACAAGCUGGCUCUGCUUCGUCCUUUGAGUAAGCACGUGAUUUUAGAGACACAAACUCUUCAUAGACUAAUCAGGCUCUCAGUGUCUCCAUCAAUAUCUAGACCUGAGUGUGCCAAGCAUCCAGCAGAUUCUCAAUGCUAGUGUGCAACUUCUUAACUUACUAGAAGAGGAACUAGAACAGUCUACAUUCUGUUUUGCAUAUAUCGCAUGCACUAAGAAGGAUCAAUUACCUGGUCCAAGAGAUAUAUACAGCAACAAACUGCAAUUACUUUUGAAAAUUGAUUGCUUCAAUUAGGUGAAAUUGCUCGUUUUUAAUGGUAAAGAACAUGAGUAUCUGAAUUGUAAUAUUACUGAGUAUGUUCCUAAUGGCUCACUCAAGAAUACUUGGACGGUGAAUGGGGUAAUUAAAUCCUGGAAAAUGCUGCAGAUGCAACUCGUUGCUCAUGCACUGAGUCAGCUUCAUGUGUAUAAUAAGGAUUCCACCUCAUUCCUAAAUGACUGUCAUGUCACCAUCUUCAUAAGCAAUUUCUGGCAGGACAUAUUGCCUUCUUGUAGGCGUGAAGCUUCACUUUAGCUCAAGUUUCCACCCCCCUAGUCAGCCAGGCAGACGGAGGUGGUCAAUUAUAUCAUUACCAUGAAUUUUUGUCGUAUCUCAUUGCAUACGAUUCCUCUUUCCAGAUGACACUCUGGACAACACUGUAUUGUUUUUUGUGGUCUAUGGUCGUGACCUGCCACCCCUACUCUCAUAUGGCUGGCUUGUUGCUCGUGAUUGCUGUGGAAUGCUAAAUUCUGUAUUGUGACGAGUUCUUGGGCAACAAAAGGGAGUUCGGGCAACAAAAGGGAGUUCAGCCAGUCAAUGCUACAACUGUUCUCAGGCCGACACCUCCUGGGAAGUGGGAGCUGGUGGUGACUUUGUCGUGUCUUUCUUACAUUCCAGAUCGAGGGCAGGCUGUUUCUCCAGGAGGCAGAUAAAUGUUGUGGACUCCUGGGGUACCUCAUACCAUCACUCUGCAAGGGACCAACACAUGAUUCAUGUGGAUGAUAGGUAUUUACAAGGUUGCACACAUUGGUGUAAAGAAAUAUCUGAACAGCUAUGGGGGAGGGGCGCUAUUUUCUAUGUAUAACAAGACCAUUCAAAUUCUUUAUGCUGUAGUGAAAAAGGAUGUAAGUGAUAGAUAUUCUUAGGCACAGACCGAUAUGCUCUGGGCACUGUAAAGUAUAGAGAAAUUGCAAAACACCAGCAAUUGCAUCUCCGUAGGAUGCCAGAAGUAUAGAGAAGUGAUAGAUAGCGAGAUAGUUGAACAUAACAAUUUUUUAUCUCCAGAAAGAUGGAAAGUGAUAAUUGGGGCCUGUAUUUGUUUGUCUUCAGAAAGGUGGAAAGUGAUAAUUGAGGCCUGUAUUUGUUUUAUGUACCA